CUCUCUCUCUCUCUCUCUCUCUCUCUCUAUACUUCGUACAUAUAUAUAUAGAUUUAUUCUAUAUAUGCCCUAGUUGAAGUACUAGUGUUAGUUAUAUCUUUGCCUGAAUCUGAAGCUUCUGGUCCAUGGAGAGUGGUUUUUGUGCAGCUAGAACCGACGCCUUCCCGGCCGGUCUCCGUGUUCUCGUCGUCGACGAUGAUUUAGUCUGGCUUCGAAUCCUCGAGAAGAUGCUCAAGAAGUGUUCUUAUGAAGUUACUACAUGUUGUCUGGCAAGAGAGGCUUUGGACUUACUUCGUGAAAGAAAAGAUGGAUUUGACAUUGUAAUCAGUGAUGUCAACAUGCCCGACAUGGAUGGUUUUAAGCUUCUUGAGCAUGUUGGCCUCGAGAUGGAUCUUCCUGUCAUUAUGAUGUCUGUUGAUGGAGAAACGAGCAGGGUAAUGCGAGGUGUCCAACAUGGUGCAUGUGAUUAUCUUCUUAAGCCCAUAAGAAUGAAAGAACUUCGUAAUAUAUGGCAGCAUGUCUUUAGAAAAAAAAUACAUGAAGUGAGAGAUAUUGAAAAUCUAGACUGCUUUGAAGAAAUUCAGAUGAUGAGAUAUGGAACUGACCAAUCUGAUGAUGGACACUUGUUCAGUGGAGGCGAUCUGACUUCAGGAAAGAAAAGAAAAGAUGUUGAAAACAAGGGCGACGACAAAGACUUCAGUGAUGCUUCUUCUGCAAAGAAGGCUAGAGUAGUUUGGACUGUGGAUCUGCAUCAGAAGUUUGUAAAAGCUGUAAAUCAGAUUGGAUUCGAUAAAGUUGGUCCUAAGAAAAUUCUUGACUUGAUGAACGUACCAUGGUUGACAAGAGAAAAUGUUGCUAGCCACUUGCAGAAGUACCGCCUCUACUUGGGUAGGUUACAGAAAGAAAAUGAGGUAAAAGCUUUUCUGGGCGGGAUAAAGCAAUCAGAUCUAUCUUCAAAAGACCCUGUUGGAAGUCUUGGCCUUCAAAAUUCAAUUGAUUUGCAACAAAACGAUGUUCCUAGUGGCAUCUAUGGAGUACCAGGCAAUAAGAUUCGUGUUCAGAAUGUUGAUCCGAAAAACCACGAGGGUGAUCUGAAAGGUAUCGUUUCAUUGCCACUUAUAGAACCCAAGAAAGCUCCGAUUCAUGAUAUUCCUGAUCCUCCAAAGACCUGCAGUUCAAGGGUGGAACUCAAUCAUUUAUUUCGACCACUGGAGCCAGAUAUAAAGUAUAUACCAUUUGAUUCUACCAUCCCAACACAGUAUUCUUGGAGUGAAGUUCCCGAAAUUCAGUUCAAACAAGAGCACAAGGCACACCUUCAGUUAAAGAAUGGCUUCAACCAUCUCCCACUGCCUCCAUCUAUUAGUCCCAGACCUUUUAACAAAGAGAGAGAAAAACCAGCACGCGUUGAAGUUAAGCCUUCCUAUGCCGAUUGCAAAAGACAACAAAUAAGACAAGCAGGUCCAACAAGAAGUGCAGCCAACUUGCUUCCUGUUCAAUCUGAGAGCCAUAUGACCAGUUUUCAUACUUCCGAGCCAAUUGCCACUACUACAUUGAGCUUGAAGAAUCAUGGGUUAAAUCAGAUUUUCUUAAAUGACCUCGAAUCUGCCCAAAAAAACCUAAUUUUGGGAAGUUGUUCAGGUUUUGGAUCUUUGGAUGAGGACGGACUUGCUUGUUUGCUUCGAGGUGACUGUCAUACAACGAUGAAUGUUGGAAUCGAGAACAGAGAAUCUGUGUCCUUAGCUGAAACUCCAGCAUACUUGUUCGAUGCACAGAGAUUUGACCAUGAGUAUCCUUGGGAAUCGAUGGAAUAUCCUGUGAUAGAUCAAGGUCUAUUUAUCGUCUGAUCGAUCCAUAUCUUAUAUGAAGAAAGGUAACUUGCUAUUUUCUUCCAUUGACCUGAUAUGUUAGUGAAGUAUUUCGCAUGAUGGAUUGAGAUAUGCUCUUCCCAAACAAUUUGGGUGUGGAAUGUGAAAUACCAUAGGAUAGGAGUGAUGGAAAAAGCAUGCACAAUAAGCAAGCUUCUUGGAGCACUUAGAAUAGGUGAGAGAUGCCUAUGUAUCAUAUGUUACAUGUCUGUGUGUCUGUUUUGUAUGUUUGUUUGCACAUAUUAAUCCUUGCAAAUUUUGUAAAACAGAUUUGCAUUGAGCACAGGGUGUGCCUUGAGACAGCUGAUUUUUAAUGUGAAUCACAUCACUUUUUUUGUCC